CCUCGCCACGGCUUCGCCCACACCCACCAUGGAGACUUCGCCGACAUGACCGUCGGCCAGUACGCCCAGGCCUUUGGCGGUGCCCUCCAGCCCGGUGCGUGGAGGCCCUACGAGCACCGCAAGCUCGCCAACCCGGCGCCUCUGGGUCUCUCUGCCUUCGCCCUGACCACCUUCGUCCUGUCCUGUAUCAACAUGCACGCCCGCGGCGUCGAGGCCCCCAACGUGGUCGUUUCCCUCGCCUUUGGCUAUGGUGGCCUUGUCCAGCUGCUUGCUGGCAUGUGGUAUAUUGCUGCUGGUAACACCUUUGGUGCCACCGCUCUUGGUUCAUACGGUGGCUUCUGGAUCUCAUACGGCAUUCUCUUGACUCCCGAAUGGGGCAUCACCGCUCCUGACGGCCCUUACGCCGGCAACGUCGCCAGCGUGCUCGGCUUCUUCCUGACUGGCUGGUUCAUCUUCACCACCAUCAUCCUGCUCUGCACUCUGCGAUCCACCCUGGCCUUCUUCCUCCUCUUCUUCACCCUGGACUUGGCUUUCCUGUUCCUUGCCUGCGAGCAGUACGCCGCCGACCUGGGCAACAUGACUGCUUCUCUUGCUCUCCAGAAGACUGGUGGUCUUUUCGGCUUCCUGGCCGCUUUCCUUGCCUGGUACAACGCCCUGGCUGGUAUUCAGGACAGCAGCAACUCCUUCUUCCAGGUUCCCGUCAUCCACUUCCCCUGGUCUGAGGCUGCUCGUGAGCGCCGCGCCUCCAAGUCU